UUUAUGUACAGUAGUACGACGUACAGAUAAGUAAUAUACUAAACUAUUAAGCGGUAGGCUGCAGGCGCUCCUGUUCCCAUAUCAUCAGCUCUUCUCUGCUGAGUGCUGUUCGUUCCUGUAUUACAUAAUAAGAAAAUUGUUUUAAAAAAUAAAUUGUUUUUAAUCAGUCGUCGUGAUGGCCAGCCAAACUCAAGGAAUCCAACAACUGUUGGCUGCCGAAAAGAGGGCUGCGGAAAAAGUAGCUGAAGCCAAGAAACGUAAAGCAAGACGUUUAAAGCAGGCCAAAGAAGAAGCUCAAGAUGAAAUUGAAAAAUACAGACAAGAAAGGGAAAAACAGUUCAAGGAAUUUGAAAUUAAACAUAUGGGUUCUCGCGAAGAUGUUGCUGCAAGAAUAGAUGCUGACACUAAAAUAAAGAUUGAAGAGAUGAAUAAGGCCGUAAUUGUUAACAAGCAGGCAGUCAUUGAUCAAAUUCUUGAACUGGUUAAUGACAUUAAACCAGAGCUGCAAAAAAAUUUCAAAGCUACAGCUAACAAAGAAUGAUAUGUGUGUCAUAGUAUUUUUUUUUCAAUUCCAUAUAAGAAAAUAUAAAGGGUGUACAAAUUAAAA